AAGACACACUAGUUUAUAAGGAGAGGGGAGGCAGGCGGCGGCGCACAGUACAGCUUGGGUGAGCAAGGAACGUGACCGAGAUGGAUCGCUCUUCCCUGUGGUUGUUCUGUCUCCUCGUAGCCACCGCAAGUACACAGAGGAUAAGGCUUCCAGGCACGCCACAUGAUCAGAACGCCUGUAACACGCCUUCAGGAGUGCCUGGAGCGUGUGUCGACGUUCGCUUUUGCCCAAACACUGCCCGCAGCCUCGACCGCGAAGCGCAGGCUGCAUGUGGCUUCAAUGAUACAUUUCCAAUCGUCUGCUGUACCGAAACCGCAGGCAGCAACGCUAACCAUCUUCAGGACAUCUCUCCUCCUACAGUUGAUUUCCAAUGUGGGAACAACGUAGCCAGGGUUGUACGAUUGCAAGAAGUUAGUUCUCGGCCAGAAAGACUUCUGCGGGCGGGCAAUGUAAUUGUUUUCCCUGACGAAACUGAGGAAAGUACUGGGAGACCUGUUGCCCGAGCUGGCUUUCUGGCAGGCGAGAUAGCAACUCACAUUGUAGGCGGCGCCAUAGUAAAGAAACACUCUUGGCCUUGGAUGGCUCUAAUUGGAGAGAUGGACGCUGAGGAGAUCAGAUGGUUCUGCGGCGGAGUGUUGAUCAACCAGCAGUGGGUACUCACGGCGUACCACUGCUUCUUCGAACACACAGCUGACAUUGUCCGUCUUGGUGAACACGACUACAACGACGAUAACGACGGGGCGCUCCAUCAGGAUGUCAAGGUGGCUGACACGGUGCUCUUCCCUGACUUCGCUCACCCUGAAGCUUACCACGACCUGGCACUUCUCAAGUUGGCCACAAUGGUCACCAUACAGGAGUUCGUCAGUCCCGUAUGUUUACCCUGGGGCAGCGAGAGCGGCAGAGAGCUAUCAGGUCAACAGGCAACGCUAGCAGGCUGGGGAGAUACGCUUUUUGGUGGGUAUCCCAGCUCCAUCCUGCAGGAGGUCAACGUGACAGUGUUCCCUUCUGACCAGUGUGACCGCAGUUACUCUAUAUUGUCCCAUUAUGCAAAAACCUGGCCUCAAGGCAUCGGCCAGGAGACUCUGUGUGCCGGAGACCCUGAAGGAGGGCGUGACGCUUGCCAGGGUGACUCAGGCGGACCAAUUAUGUCUCAGGACGCCCUUGGACGUUUCAUGUUGGCGGGCAUCGUGUCGCAAGGUUACGGCUGUGGCACCAAGGACUAUCCAGGACUGUACGUCAAUAUACGGAACCCUCUCUACCUCACCUGGAUAAAAAAAAUCGCGUUCUCAUAAAUCACCUCAUAUUGUCAAAGCCGUAAUAUAUUUUUCAAAUACAUACGGUAGAGUGCAUGUUAAUAAAAAAUCUAUCCCA